AAUUGGCAAAGUAUUGCUCACUUCAAUAUGCAUUUUAUUUAUUUCGCUUUCUUCGUCUUCCAACUGGGCAAUAUUCAAACAACUGAAGCGCAAACGGAGCAAACAGACCUGUUGGAUUUACUAGUGCAAAAAGUGAGUGAGGAACGGAAUGUAUCAAUAAGUUUACCAAUGCAAGGAGUAAGUGGAGAAGUAGGAAUAAAGGAAGAAAUAUUAGUCGACGAAGUAUCUAAAGAACAUGUAGAAUUAACGAAUUCAAAAAGGAAGAAAUCACAGCGCGUUUGUGAAAUAUGCGGCAAAAUUUUUGCCCGAUCAGACGUUAUGAAAAUCCAUAUGAGGACUCAUACUGGCAAAAGACCAUACAUUUGUGAAAUAUGCGGACAAAAGUUUCAUUCAGUCAUCCGAUUU